UCUCAGACACCAGCGACGCCAUGCGGAAUUACAGCGCGUCGUACCGGGCUGCUGCACGCGGCGUCCUCUGUCUCCUGUGGGUCGUCACUGCUGCCUCCGCCUGCCCGGAGUACUGUAGCUGUGUUCUCAGAAAGGUUGACUGUUUCGGGAGGGAACUCAAACACGUUCCCCGCGACAUACCUUUGAGAACACGGUACCUCCACCUGGGCCUCACCAGCAUUCAGAACCUGCCUGACGCGGUUUUCUCCAACCUUACCAGCCUGAGGGGGCUUCUUCUGCGCAACAACCACAUCCCCCGCCUCCCUGCCGGAGUCUUCUCACAUCUCAGUCGUCUGUCCUACCUAUAUCUCUCUAAUAACCACAUAGCUGACCUCCCUGUCGGGAUAUUCUCACAGCUCAGUAGUCUGAACGACUUGUACCUGUCCAACAAUGACGUCACAGAUCUCCCAGAUGGCAUAUUUUCAAACUUGGUCCGUUUGAAAUGGCUGGAAUUGGACAACAACAGCAUCUCCAGCCUCCCCGCCGGAGUGUUCUCGCGUCUCAACCGACUGGAACUGUUGAGUAUGAAUAACAAUGGCAUAGUAGAUCUACCUGAUGGAGUUUUCUCACAUCUUAUCAGCCUAGAAAAACUGUAUCUCUCUAACAACAGCAUAACCCAUCUACCAGAGGGAGUGUUCUCACAUCUCAGAAGCCUGCGACACUUGUACCUGUCUAACAAUGACAUACAGGCACUUGAGAAGGAAGUAUUUUCAAGUCUCGUCAAUCUAAGACAUUUGUACUUAAAUGGCAAUGACAUAAGGGACCUUCCGGCCGAAGUAUUUUUAAAUUUGACAAGUUUGAAUCGGCUUUCCCUGUCCAACAACAGCAUCUCGAGUCUGCCUAAAAGAGUGUUCUCAAAUCUCGUCAACCUGACACAGUUGAACCUGACUGACAAUAAGAUAGAAGAACUACCGGGUGAAGUCUUUUUCUAUCUGACGAGCUUGGAACUGCUCUCACUCAGAAACAAUAGCAUCUUACGUCUUCCCGUGGAAGUAUUUUCUCACCUCAGUAACCUGUCAACGUUACAUCUGUCCAACAACAACAUGGAGGAUCUCUCAAACGGAGUGUUUUCAAAUCUCACAAGUUUGCUUCUUCUCGACCUGUCCAACAAUGAUAUCUCGCUACUUUCCGCUGGGGUUUUCUCGCACCUUAAUAGCUUAGAAACGUUAGUGUUAGCUAACAACGGCAUCCAGGAGCUCCCACAUGGAGUGUUCUCACACUUUAGUAAGCUGGUUCUACUGCGUCUUGGGCACAACAGCAUACAGAAUCUGACUCGCGGGGUGUUUUCGGCUCUAACCAGGCUCCAAGAACUGGACCUGUCUAAUAAUGACUUAUUGUUUCUUCCUGCUAUGGCCUUCUCCCAUCUGACCAGUCUAACCACGCUCAACCUGACACAGAACAGCUUACAGACGUUACCUGCAGACAUGUCGCGUCUACCCCGUCAGACAAGCCUGGACUUACAGGGGAACCCCUGGAGGUGUGACUGUCGUCUACUGGGUUUGGUAUUGGAUUCGCUACGACUACGUCCGCAAGUCAUCUUUCACGAAGAAGUUAACGUGGCCCUUGGAAAGACAGCAACGCAGAUUUCCAACGGAAACCCUUACCAAGGCCCUGAGAAGGCGGUGGAUGGGUACAGAGGGACUAGUGCCGGGACGCCCGACAACGAGUGCGCCAUCACCCAGGAAGAACUCCAGCCGUGGUGGAAGGUGGACCUGGCGGACACCUACACAGUCAGCAGGGUCAGCGUCCUCAACAGAGGCGACUGGCAGGAAGAAAGGCUCAGAAACUUCACGGUGAGAGUUGGGCCGAACGAGAACUUCACCCUGAAUGACCAGUGUGGCCAGACUUACACGGACACUCCGACCAAAGCCCAGACCAUCGAGGUGCGCUGCGAACCGCCCAUGUCCGGCCGUUACGUGUCGGUACAGAUAGUGGGGCGGAAAGAGUUUCUGACGCUGUGUGAGGUGGAGGUCUAUAUCACAGGUGUGCUGUAA